AUAAGGCAGCUGUAUUGGGAUAUUCUAGACUGUAUUCAGAUAUUGUAAAACUUGAUGUGUGAUACAUUACAGUUAGUGAAGAUAAUUGGAGCAUAGAGAUUACCUUGGACCAAAGUGAGAUAAUGGCGACCAUAGAUGACCUUAAGUUUCAAGAAUUUGAGGAUGCUGCUGACCUAUUAGCUGCCAACCCUGAUGCCACUACAGUGAGUAUUGAUGACAGUGAAGAUACCGGUGGCGGCCACCGUGGGCGCAGAGCUGGAGAAGAAGAGGAGGAUUCGUUAGGAAAUGAAGAUUCUGAUAAAACUGGGCUGCUUGCAGGACAGAAGAAGACUGCCCCCUUCUGGACAUUUGAGUAUUAUCAGACAUUCUUUGAUGUUGACACAUACCAGGUUCUGGAUAGGAUAAAGGGCUCUGUUUUACCAAUACCUGGAAGAAACUUUGUAAGGUUGUAUGUGAGAAGCAAUCCAGAUCUUUAUGGUCCUAUUUGGAUUUGUGCCACAUUGAUUUUCACCAUCAGCAUUAGUGGGAAUCUGUCUAAUUUCCUCCUACACUGGGGUGAGCCACAAUACCACUAUGUGCCUGAGUUUAGAAAAGUGUCCAUUGCUGCCACUGCCAUCUAUGCUUAUACCUGGCUAGUACCGCUGGCUCUGUGGGGCUUCCUGUCAUGGAGACACAGCAAAGUAAUGAGCAUGGUGUCCUACUCUUUCCUGGAGAUUGUGUGUGUUUAUGGCUACUCCCUCUUCAUCUACAUCCCCACUUCUAUUUUGUGGAUUUUACAUUAUGAGGUUCUCCGCUGGGUCCUAAUGUCCAUAGCAAUGUGCCUGUCGGGGGCAGUCCUUAUGCUGACAUUUUGGCCGGCUUUACGGGAGGAUAACCGGAAAGUCGCCAUCUCCACCCUAGUAGCCAUCAUGCUCCUCCAUGUACUGCUAGCAGUUGGUUGUGGGGAAUACUUCUUUGAUCGACCGGAAAAGGAUCAUGACGCACAGACCAAGGCUAUUAUUAAUACAACAAAGCAGGCACUACAGACCCGCUGACAGGAGAUGCCAACGUCAUUUCCUCAGUCCAUUAUGCUGAUGGGAGCAGGAUUCCAAGUUCAUAAUUACUUGGUGGAGGUGAUGCUGACUCGCGUCCGUGCUGGCUCCUCCUGUUGUGUUUUCUUUUUCUCUAUCUAGAAUGAUUUAAGAAUGGCUUCUUUUGUUAUGGUGAUAUAUAAUUUCUGGUGUAGAGGAGACCGGAGGGAACAGCAGAAAGCACUACAAGCCUCUAAUCCUGGAGUCAGUAUUUACUAUUGUACACUGGUGACAAGGACUUGGGAGUCACCUGUUCUUGUCUAGCAUGAAGAGGCUGUUUGGCUAAGUGGAUUAUUAUUUAUUUAAGGUUCAAUGACAUUUGCACUAUUCAGUUGGUGGGACAAUGUAUAUAAAUAUUUGAAAGGUGACCUGACCAUUCUAUAAAGGAGAAUAGUAAGUACAUUACUAGUCCAUGCCUGGUCAUGCUUUUAUUUUAUAUAUUCUUUUUAUACCAAUGUGGAGAACACGUUGUUAAUCAUUUCUGCCAUGUGCAUAUAGCAAUUGAAGAUCCUGCUCAGUAUAAGUUUGCAAUGGAAAGUGGCACAAAUACUAGUAAACCUCAUCUCCGAUUACCGCCCAUUUGCUAUAUAUACAGGGCGGAUUAAGAGAACCUCUUUAACAACUUGAUGAUCUAGUCUCGAAGGAAUCUUAUUUGAGUUCGUGCUACUGCAAUUAGCCAUCAGAGGCGACUAGCCACCAGUGUAAUUACAGAACGCUUGUUCUCGGAAACAAGUGUUUGAUACCGUAACAAUCAUCUAUGUAGUGACCUUGCAUGUUAGUGGGUAUUCUCUCAUAUAAACAUGGAAUAGCUACUGAAGGACUGUUCCCCUGUAAACCACUCAAUCUAAUAUGACUUCAUAUAAAAAUAGACAACUAUCUGUAGCAAAUAUAUUACCUGUAGUUAAAGUUGUUCCCCGCAGGAGUGUCUCAGUAAUAGCUGUUAGGUAAGACUUUUAGAAUAGAUGGGUGUCUGCUAUGCCUAAUGUUAUCAAUCUGCCUGCAUGUUAAAUAUUUUGAAGGACAAGACACUGGGGAAGAUGUAUUAAGCCUGGAGAAGUGAUAAAGCAGUGAUAAGUGCAAGGUGAAAAUGCACCAGCCAAUCAGCUCCAACAUGUAAAUUGACAGGAGCUAAUUGGCUUGGUGCCAGGCUUAAUACAUCUGCCCCUUGGUGCCUAGAGUGACAGAUAGUAGAGAGGGCUGUAGCUUUCAGCCAGGUGGAAAAGGUUAAACACCAAUCAGAUCCUCACUGUAAAUUUACAUAUUGGAGCUGAUUGGCUGGUGCCUUUAUCACCUUGCACAUAUCACUGGUUUAUCACUUCCUUAUACCUUUUCCAGGUUAAUACAUCUGCCCCAAUGUCAGAUACCGCAACUCCUGAUUUGUGAAUGUAAUAUUAGGUCAAACCCUAUUUAUUUAUUUUUGCAUUCCUUUUUUUUUCUUUCUAGGUUUAAUAGCUAUUUAAAGGCGUUUCUCAUCUUUUUGGGGGGCAGGCUAUUGUUUUGAGAUGGAUCAGCUCUCCGUGUUCAGUUUAGUGAGAUUUAGAUGUACAGGGCACAGCUGACCCUUCACCAGAACUAGACCGCUGGUACACGUGACUCGCAUUGACUGGUCACUCCUGAUUGGAUAGUCAUGGUGCUGAUCAAAUCUGCUGUCUGUCAGUACGUUAGAUACAUCCUCUUCCCACAACACUACAUUGUAUUGGGUUUUUUGUAUCUUAAGGUAAUAUGUCAUUAGCAGCUGCAGAACUGUCUGUUUAGCCAAAACUAUUCCUGUAAUAAAAAAUUAACUUAUUCAAGCAAA